CCCCCUAGCGGAAGGAGCCCGUCACCACCGCCCACAUGCCGCCGGGAAGCACUUCCGGCCGGUCACAAAGUGGCACCACCUCCGGGGCGGUAGCGGUGCAGUCAUGGCGGAGGCUUUCAAAACAGUGGAACCAUUGGAAUAUUACAGAAGAUUUUUGAAAGAGAACUGUCGCCCUGAUGGACGAGAGUUGGGUGAAUUCCGGACAACCACUGUCAAUAUAGGUUCAAUUACAACUGCAGAUGGUUCUGCCCUGGUGAAGUUUGGAAAUACUACAGUGAUUUGUGGAGUUAAAGCGGAACUUGCUACACCCACAGAAGAUUCUGCUAAUAAGGGAUAUAUUGUUCCAAAUGUAGAACUGCCAUCCCUCUGCUCACCGAGGUUUCGCUCCGGCCCACCUGGUGAAGAGGCUCAAGCAGCAAGCCAGUUCAUUGCAGAUGUGAUUGAAAAUUCACAGAUAAUAGAGAAAGAAGACCUAUGUAUUGCAAAUGGCAAGCUUGUUUGGGUGCUAUACUGUGAUAUUAUAUGUAUGGACUAUGAUGGAAAUCUUCUGGAUGCCAGUGCCUUCGCUUUGUUAGCAGCAUUAAAAAAUGUACAACUGCCAUCAGUUACUAUAAAUGAAGAAACUGGUUUAUCAGAAGUUAAUUUUAAACAGAAGACUCCUUUGAUGAUCAGAAAGCAUCCGGUUGCCACAUCAUUUGCUAUAUUUGAUGACACACUGCUCAUUGUUGAUCCAAAUGCUGAAGAAGAAGACUUAGCAACUGGAACAGUGACUGUUGUAACUGAUGAAGAAGACAGACUCUGUUCUGUCCACAAACCAGGUGGAAGUCCUCUCACAGGAGCCAAGCUUCAGGACUGUAUCAGCAGAGCAAUUACAAGACAGAGGGAAGUAAAAAAGCUGAUAGACAAAGUAAUAAACAGUAUUAAGCCCAAGUGAACAAAAGGAGAGAUCUUUUUGAAAAUGGAUUUGUAAAAAUUGUAUUUGUUACAGUGUUCACAAACCUUUCAUACUAAAUAAACAAAUACCAGUACUACAUUUACAAAGUUCA